CUUUCCGCUUCCGGUCUCUCCAGUCAUUCGGCCCCGCAGCCCGGCUCCGGCCCCGCGGGGUCUCGGUUCCGGGUUCGUUGCCCCGGUUCCCGGCCCGGGCUGGUCCCUCGGGCCGGCUUGACCGGGCGCAGCACCAGCCGGGUAUCGGGACACCCGGCCCACCCCAGCGGCCCCUCGACCUCCGCUGCCCGACCCACCUCGCCCCGGCCCGCGCCGUCCUCGCCGUCCCAUGGAGUCCCAGUGCGACUACUCCAUGUACUUCCCGGCCGUACCGCUGCCGCCGCGCGCGGAGCUGGCGGGGGACCCGGGCCGGUACCGGGCACUGCCCCGGCGCAACCAUCUCUACCUGGGGGAAACUGUCCGCUUCCUGCUGGUGCUGCGCUGCCGGGGUGGCGCGGGGUCCGGCGCGGGGGGCGGUGCGGGCUUGGGCUCCCGAGGGGCCUGGGCAGAGCUGGCAACCGCCCUUGCCGCCCUGGCCUCGGUCAGCGCCGGGGACGCGGCGUCCGGGGGAGGUGGCACCGGAGACCAGGAUUCCGAACCCCCCGGGGGUGGAGAUCCUGGCGGUGGGGGGUUGUUUCGCAGCUGCAGCCCACUCCUCACCCAUGGCCCGGGUCCUGCUACCUCAGGGGGAGCGACCACGCUGCCUGUGGAGGAACCAAUUGUGUCCACAGAUGAGGUCAUCUUCCCACUCACCGUGUCACUGGACAGAUUGCCCCCAGGGACACCUAAGGCCAAGAUUGUAGUAACCGUGUGGAAGAGGGAGGUUGAGGCACCAGAGGUCAGAGAUCAAGGCUACUUGCGCUUACUGCAGACCCGAUCUCCUGGGGAGACCUUCCGGGGCGAGCAGAGUGCUUUCAAGGCCCAAGUGAGCACCCUGCUGACACUACUGCCCCCUCCUGUUCUGAAAUGCCGCCAGUUCACUGUGGCUGGAAAACACUUGACCGUGCUCAAGGUGCUGAACGGCUCGUCCCAGGAGGAAAUUUCCAUCUGGGACAUCCACAUUCUCCCAAACUUCAAUGCCAGUUAUCUACCUGUCAUGCCUGAUGGCUCUGUGCUUCUGGUGGACAAUGUCUGUCACCAGUCUGGGGAGGUCUCCAUGGGCUCCUUCUGCCGGCUCCCUGGCACAUCUGGCUGCUUCCCCUGCCCGCUUAGUGCCCUGGAGGAACACAACUUCCUGUUUCAGCUGAGAGCGGGUGAGCAGCCCCCUCCCGGGGCCAAGGAGGGCCUAGAAGUUCCCCUGAUUGCUGUGGUUCAGUGGUCUACCCCAAAGCUGCCCUUCACCCAGAGCAUCUACACCCACUACCGACUGCCUAGCAUCCGCCUAGACCGCCCGUGCUUUGUGAUGACUGCUUCUUGUGAGUCCCCUGUUCGGACCUAUGAGCGUUUCACUGUCACCUACACGCUGCUCAACAAUCUCCAAGACUUUCUUGCUGUGAGGCUUGUGUGGACCCCAGAGCACGCACAGGCUGGAAAGCAGCUGUGUGAGGAGGAGCGCCGGGCCAUGCAGGCGGCCCUGGACUCCAUUGUCUGCCACACGCCCCUCAACAACCUUGGCUUUUCCCGGAAGGGCAGUGCGCUCACCUUCAGUGUGGCCUUCCAAGCUCUAAGGACAGGGCUCUUCGAGCUGAGCCAGCACAUGAAACUGAAGCUGCAGUUCACUGCCAGCGUGUCCCAUCCUCCACCCGAGGCCCGACCCCUCUCUCGCAAGAGCAGCCCCAGCAGCCCUGCCGUCCGGGACUUGGUGGAGAGGCACCAGGCUAGCCUGGGCCGCUCUCAGUCCUUCUCCCACCAACAGCCCUCCCGCAGCCACCUCAUGAGGUCAGGCAGUGUGAUGGAGCGCAGGGCCAUCACACCCCCUGUGGCCUCUCCUGUGGGCCGCCCCCUCUAUCUGCCCCCGGACAAGGCUGUGCUCUCUCUGGACAAGAUUGCCAAGCGCGAGUGCAAGGUCCUGGUGGUGGAGCCUGUCAAGUAGCACCCUGCUGGCUCUCCUCCCUUACACUCCCAGAAAUCCUGAAAGCCCCUGAGCGGGUCCUCACUCCAGGCUGUGCCUCCCGCUGUGGGUGAGGAGGCCCAAGGGCUGGCCGCCUGUCUGUGUCUGCUGAUGAGGGACGAGGGAAGAAGCUGUGAAAUGGGCGAGUAUGGCUGCAGCACGAAACCAAGAGUAUUUCCCUAACUUCCUGGGGCGGCUGGCCCCACCCCUCGGCCAGGGCAAGGGCUCCAAGUGCUCCCUUGCCCCCCACCUUGUACCUUGGUUCUAAGUUUACAAAGUGUUUUCCUCAGUCCUAGUGAGUUCUUUCCCGCCUCUGAUACUCCCACCCACCCACCUGCAGGGCUGAAAUUAGAGGGUGGUGGUGGUAAAGGGACCCUGACAAUGACCCUCCUGUCUCAGGGGUCAGGGGAGAUAGCAAGGUGGCCUCCCCGGCCCCUCAUGUUUACGUUUGCAGCCCAAAGCACUUUAAGUUGUGUGGGGUUUUUUUGUCUGUCUUUUUUUUUUUGGUCUGUCUGUUCCUGUAACUUAUUCUCCAACUACUGCUUCCAACUGAAAUAAGACUAUUAAAUGCCUGUUCAGGAGGGAGAAAAA